GGCGCCGCAGGAGGCGGGUUCUGCUCGCCGGCUCUGAUGGUUCCGGCGCUGAGCAUUUUGGUUCCGGAGUAACUGUGCUCUCGCUGCCGCCUUUCUCCCUCUCCUCCCUUCGCUGCCGCUGCCGCUGCCGGGACGCAGGGCCUCGGGCGGCCGGGGCUGAGCCCGCGUGCGCUGCGCCCUGUGGCUCGGCUUGGGGCAGAGGGCUCUCGCGAUCCUCCCGUGGAGGGUCUCCCACCCUUGGCGUUCUCGUAUUCUGGCGGCCCCGCGGCUUCCUCCUAACGCCUUGGACUGAGUCCCCUUCAGUCUGGGAUAUCCCCCCGCCCGGUCACCCUCCAAGGAGGAGUGGAUACCUGCCGUUGUAUUCCCCUAAAACGGGGGUUUCUCUCUGCCGAUUCCUCACACCCACACUGACGGCCGAGAGCUGCACUGUCCCGUUUUGCCUUUUUUUCCCGACUCUAGGACCUCUUGACCUCGGCUAGUUACUACUGCUCCCUGCCCCUAGCCCCGUCCACGCUCACUAGGGAGACAUCCCACAACCCCAUACAGCCUGGGCCUGGGUCGGCGCCUGCGGGCCCCUUCUUGAUCACUCCACCUUUCUGAUACCCCUCACCCUCUGUCCUCUUACCCUCGGUCCGCUUGUCACCCCUUGGAGCCUCUGCCUAAUCAGGGGCCAUGGAUACCCCCUACCCCCCGAUGUGAGCCCCUUUAACCUGUAAUGCUGUGGCUGGCCUUUGGCCCCUUUCAUACCAUGGAGAACCAGGUGCUGGUGAUUCGCAUCAAGAUCCCAAAUAGGGGCGCGGUGGACUGGACAGUGAACUCCGGGCCGCAGUUACUCUUCAGGGAUGUACUGGAUGUGAUAGGCCAGGUUCUGCCUGAAGCAACAACCACAGCAUUUGAAUAUGAAGAUGAAGAUGGUGAUCGAAUUACAGUGAGAAGUGAUGAAGAAAUGAAGGCAAUGCUGUCAUAUUAUUAUUCCACAGUAAUGGAACAGCAAGUAAAUGGACAGCUAAUAGAGCCUCUGCAGAUAUUUCCAAGAGCCUGCAAGCCUCCUGGGGAACGGAACAUACAUGGCCUGAAGGUGAAUACCCGAGCUGGACCCUCUCAACACAGCAGCCCAGCAGUCUCGGAUGCACUUCCAAGCAAUAGCUUAAAGAAGUCUUCUGCUGAACUGAAAAAAAUAUUAGCCAAUGGCCAGAUGAAUGAACAAGACAUACGAUAUCGAGACACUCUUGGUCAUGGCAACGGAGGCACAGUCUACAAAGCAUAUCAUGUCCCAAGUGGGAAAAUACUAGCUGUAAAGGUCAUACUACUAGAUAUUACACUGGAACUUCAGAAGCAAAUUAUGUCUGAAUUGGAAAUUCUUUAUAAGUGUGAUUCUUCAUAUAUCAUAGGGUUUUAUGGUGCAUUUUUUGUAGAAAACAGAAUUUCAAUAUGUACAGAAUUCAUGGAUGGGGGAUCUUUGGAUGUGUACAGAAAAAUUCCAGAGCACGUCCUCGGAAGGAUUGCAGUAGCUGUUGUUAAAGGCCUUACCUAUUUGUGGAGUUUGAAGAUUUUACAUAGAGAUGUGAAGCCCUCCAAUAUGCUAGUGAACACAAGAGGACAGGUCAAGCUGUGUGAUUUUGGAGUUAGCACUCAGCUGGUGAAUUCUAUAGCCAAGACGUAUGUUGGAACAAAUGCUUAUAUGGCACCUGAAAGAAUUUCAGGGGAGCAGUAUGGAAUCCAUUCUGAUGUGUGGAGCUUAGGAAUCUCUUUCAUGGAGCUUGCUCUUGGGAGGUUUCCAUAUCCUCAGAUUCAGAAAAACCAGGGAUCUUUAAUGCCUCUCCAGCUUCUGCAGUGCAUUGUUGAUGAGGAUUCGCCCGUCCUUCCGGUUGGAGAGUUCUCCGAGCCAUUUGUACAUUUCAUCACUCAGUGCAUGCGAAAACAGCCAAAAGAAAGGCCGGCACCUGAGGAAUUGAUGCAAUGUGUUAAACCGGAGCUUAGAGGCUGAUGGACACGUGCCUGCAGUCACGCAGCCAGGAGGAACAUGGGUCUGUUCCGCGUUCCCUCGGAGCCGUGUCUGUUGCUGCUCGGAGGGCCGGGCGUUGUUAUCGUGGCCGUGAGAAUUUCAGUUCAGUCAGACUAUUUCUUGCCAUCAGAAAUAAAGUAGAUACAAAUACCCCACAAAGAAACGUGUAGGGUCACAGUGGUCAGUACUCGUGACUCCACGAUGCCCCUCUGGGGUGAUCGUUCAGCUCACUCCUUAUGGCCCACCGUGCAAGCAGACCGGACAGGAAGAGAAGAAGUAAUCACCAGCAGUUUGCUCCUGUUUGUUGGCUGGGUAUCUGAGGGGAAGCUGUGAGAAUUUUUGUUACUGUUUUUCUUGGUUUUGUCGACCACAGCCAACACUGAGGGUGGCGUGUGUCCUGUCUGCCAUUUGCCCAGCCGCAGACCUGCUCUCUCUCCACUUCUGCCAUCACGGGAAUGGAAGCGAGC